AUGGCAUCUAAUCAACAAUACGUUCCUGAAUUCAAACUUGUUUUAGUAGGCGACGGUGGAGUAGGCAAAACGACGUUCGUCAAGCGGCAUAUGACAGGUGAAUUCGAGAAGAGGUACGAUGCAACUAUCGGUGUUGAAGUUCGUUCACUACCAUUUCAUACCAAUUUGGGUAAGAUUAUUUUCAAUGUUUGGGACACAGCUGGUCAAGAGAAAUUUGGCGGUCUGCGUGAUGGUUAUUAUAUUGGUGGUCAAUGUGCUAUUAUUAUGUUCGAUGUCACGUCACGUAUUACUUAUCGUAAUGUGCCCAAUUGGCAUAAAGAUUUGAUUCGUGUCUGUGAAAAUAUCCCUAUUGUACUCUGUGGCAACAAGGUUGAUAUUAAAGAUCGUAAAAUAAAGGCCAGAUCAAUUGUUUUUCAUCGUCAAAACAAUCUACAAUACUACGAUAUUAGUGCACGAUCAAAUUACAAUUUUGAAAAACCAUUUCUCUGGUUAGCUCGAAAACUGGUUGGAAAUCCCGAUCUACAUUUCGUUGCCGAGAUUCCAGUUAUGCCUCCAGAAAUUCAAAUAGAUCAGGAAACAAUUGACUACUGGAAGCAGAACACAGAAGGUCCUGCCAUCGUCGCUGAUUUACCUGAUGAUGACGAAGACUUAUGA